AUGGACGGGAUAUUUGGCGGAAAAGCAAAUGUUACACCAUUGGCGCAAUUUGACUCCGGCAUUGGUGCCAACUUGUAUGGGGAGAUGAACAAGAACAGCGGCCGCUGUGAUUCCUCAACCGAGGUCUUUCUGUCUGGUUGGGAAGAGACUCAAGAAGAACAGCCACCAUUGGGGCUAACAACGCCAGCGUCCCAGUUGGAUUUGUCACGCCGCUCAUCGACUCUUGAUUGGCUAACCUGCCAGGUCACAGCUGCAUUGGACGGUGAUCAUGGAGUCGAUGAGGACGACAAACUUCUGCCGCCUAUAGAUUUCACUGGGACCGCCAUGGACCCAUCCCCUUCUUUGAUGAAUCAGUGUUUGUUUGCACAUGCAACCAAUGGGUCUGGCAUCUUGAAUCUGGCUUCACCGAUGCAGUCUGCAAACAUGCCUCAACCUUUAUUGGCCAGGGGGAAACCUUGGGCCGCCAGGCCUUUCCGAAUCAACGCAGUACGGACGCAUCCCCCCCCGGGCCUCCUAGAGAGGUGA